CGACAACUCGCGCGCCUGCAUGCAUUGUUUGACAGUGCAGCCGGCUGUCAACACCUAUCAGCCAUCUCCCUUUUCGACAAGAAUUUCACCACCCACGAACGCGUCUGGAGCGAGCCGCUACUGCACGCACUGAAGCCUAAAUUAUCCGCAAUACCAAGCAUCCCUGACGACCACAAACUCAAGCCAUUUGCAUCUCCCGCUACCACACUCUCGUCGCCGACAGUUGUGCAUACCAGCAACACCAUUCCACACUGCCCAGUUCUGGCCUGCAGAGAGAUGAAGCCGUUGAUCUCUUCCUACAUUGCGAGCGCAACAGUAGCAUAAUCGUCGACGGAGCCUGAUCUCCUGCACGCCGUCACGCGCAGAAAAUAGAAAUUGGAUCAAGAUUGAAGCUCGAAACGAUGGCGCCGCCCGGGAGAAUGGAUAAGGUCUGGCAGGGAAGUAGCCAGCUCUUCGGACGCCUGAGAGACUACUAUUUCGGAAAGAAAGAAGGAUCACCCUUGAUCUCAGAGACGACGGCCGUCCUGUUUGGACUGCUAUUCACCUUGAUUUUCAUAGCGCCCUUCUACCUGUCGCCGACCUUGAGGACCAGCAGUCUUCAGUCACGCGAUGCUCCAACGGUAAUCAAAGCAAGAAUUCGAGCCGUCGCUCUCAGUUGCCUUGCUUCCACCCUUGUCGCCGUCUACGUUCUCGUCGUCUAUGGCCAUGCGACGGCACGAGAUGUCUUCCGCUUACUCGCCGUCUGGCCCGUCAACCUUGUUGACUGUCUUAGAGUCCUUGCUCUUGUCGCCGUUCUCUUCGUUGCACCGCUCUACGAAACCGUCAUCGUCGACAGAGGUUGGCGCGAGUGGCGGCCGAGAGCUGUCAAGGAAAGGUUCUUCGACUCGUUGCCAGGACUACGCAACAACGUCAUCGCUCCUUUGGCUGAGGAGUGGGUCUUUCGAUCUUUGGUCGUGUCGCUCUACCUCCUCGCCAAAGUUCCUGCGGGCCGUAUUGUCUUCACCUCGCCACUCAUAUUUGGAGCAGCUCACAUCCAUCAUCUAGUCGAGCUUCUUCGGACCCACACUCCUGCCGGCCGACUUCUACCGCCUUUGAGCGUCUGGAUCCGAGGCAUCCUGCAAAGCUUGUUCCAAUUCACUUACACGAGCUUGUUUGGCUUCUUUACAGCUUUUGUGUAUUUGCGAACUGGAAACCUCUUCGCGGUUGUCCUUGCUCACAGCUUUUGCAACGUCAUGAGCUUGCCACGUGUGUAUGGCAGACUUGGGCAGCACGAAGACGAUAAGCUGUAUGAGAUGACUCCUGACGUGGCACAAGGGAAGCGCGAUGAUGGUCUUGCAAGCAUGAAAGGUCGAGAGCUGCAUAAUCCGACAGCGAAGGACCUUGGCAUACAGUGGACAAUUGUAUAUUAUAUCCUGCUGCCGAGCGGUGUUUAUGGCUUCUACCGGCUACUUUGGCCGAUGACUGAAAGCACUAAUGCCUUAGCAGGUUUUGGGAGGCCAUAGCAUGAAUACAAAGCAAGCCAUGCGCCAUUUCUUUCUUG